AUGGGCCGUUCGCCAAGUCCGCGGCGGCGUGAUGAAAGACGCGACAGACGGGACAGAGACCGAGACAGAGAUCGUGAAAGAAGACGGCCGCGAACUCGAUCCCGAUCGCGGUCCCUAGAAAGGAGGCGUCGGUCUCCCGAUCGACGGCGGUCUCCAUCCCCACGACGACGUCGAUCGAGAUCCACCUCGCCAGUUACAUCUACAUCCUUCGUACCAAAGCCCAGAAAAACAUUUGGCGAGCGACCUAUUGUCACGCCCGCGGACUUGGAGGGAAAAACUCCCGAAGAACAAGAGAUGCUUAAGGUAAUGGGUUUUUGCGGUUUUGACACCACUAAAGGUAAGAAAGUUGAGGAUAACAUUGAGGGCGAGGUCCAUGUUGUAUUAAAACGAAAAUAUAGACAAUAUAUGAACAGGAAAGGCGGAUUUAACAGGCCACUCGAUUUUGUAGCUUAG